AAGAAGUUUAAUCAAUAUUGAAAUGAUUAUUUCAAACAACUAUUCAUUAAACUUGAUAAAAACAAUAUGUCAAUUGCAGUUGAAAAACAGUAAAUUGCCUUGAAACCCCAAAACUCAGAUUCAUAGCUCUGUAAAAAAAAAAGUUGAAUUUUUAUUCCCUCUCCUCACUGCAAAAGGAGAAGCCUGGAGAAGUCGUAAAUUUUAUAAGAUUUUUUUUUUAAUCAAAGGCAGAACAGAGCUGUAGGACGAGGUCCUGCCUUUGCUGAGGGGAAAACAUUUAAAACACUUUUAAUGUUUGUAUGUAAAGUGAAUGAAAUGUGCAUUGUUUACAAAAUCUGCUAAUAAUAAUAGUAUAGGAAACAGUGUUUUUAUUUUGAAAGAAUCCAAUGCAUUUGAAGUACAACACUUUGUUUCAUAGCAGUUUGUGAUCUAUCAUGAUGGCUGGAUACCACAAAGAGUGGACAGUCAUCCCAUUUGACAGUCAAAUUAAACUAACAUUGUAGCCAUUUUACUUUGCAUAUCAGUUAUAAAGCCCGAUGUAAAACCUGACUUUCUCACAGGACGGCUGUUUUUUGGCUAGUUCACUGAUGUGAAGGUUCACUGAUGUGCCUCACGAAAUAAACAGCCUGCAGUUUCCCAGUGCGUCACACCAAGCGGUCAUUUGAAGGAACAAGAUGUGGAUCCUUGUAUUUCUCUGCAUGCUGAGUCUAAACAUUACACAGGCUCCUGUAAGAGGAAACUCUACACAGAUGUAUUAUGCAACACUGAUAAUAGACAGAAGUGCAAUUGAUAAAAUCUAUGAGAGCCUACAAAAAUUCAUAUUCAAAGACAGUAAUGUAACUAUCAGCGAAAUUAAAAUGACAACAGAGUGUAAAGUACAAAAUGAAGGCAUUUACCCCCACAAAAAGUGCAUGUGCAAACAAGGCUACAGAUGGAAAGAUGAAGUUUGUAGCAAUACGUCACAUCAUGAUCAGGAGUGGUGUUUACAUCAACCAAACUCAUUUCCAAGGUGCAUCUCAAAUAGUUCAGUUGGUGUCACAGGGAAUAUCCAACUGGAUGGAGAUGGGUAUAAAGGCUGCCUGACAGUCAAGUCAUCAGACGCUUAUCGGACAUGUAAUGACAAUGUGACAAAAGCGAUACAAAGAGAAUACAGUCUAAUAAGAGGAUUUGACACUCUAGGAAGCCUGGAAUACAGGGUUGGAAGCGUUAUUGUUAAUUUUGCAAUGAAGUUCGCAUCUGCUGUUGAAUCGCAAAAAUUAUUUAGUAGUUCCACAAUCCUGGGUAGGACUCUGCCAGGCUCGUUAACUUUGGAGACAACAGGUUUUGUUAGUUUGAAAGUACCAAGUUCUUCAGUGCUGUACAACAGCAAUGCUUCUAUGAAUUGUACAACUGAGGAAGACCUUAAUGCCGAGCCAAAGUGGACUCUGAAAAGAAAAGAUGGAGAUUUUCUCAUUACUAAUGGCAGUAUCUCAACAGUGUCAAUAAGCCCAAAACAAACCACAGUCAGUCUGAAGCAAGUUAACGAACUCUGGGAAGGAGAGUAUGUAUGUCUCUUUGUACAAGAACAAAACGGCACAACUAUAAAUCACAGAGCCAAUGCUACAAUGGAUAUAUGUCUGAAACCGAUAAUUGAGACUUCUGCAGAGCCGACAUUUCCAUUGUGUAAAAGAGAGAUCGAUAUUUUUCUUGUAACUGUGAAAUGUACAAUAAAGAAAAGCAGUGAAAAUUACACAGUGACAUGGAAUAAUGAUGCCACUCCAAAGGGCAGCACUGAAGAAGAUGACACACAGACUUAUUCAGCUGAAAAAGUAAUCGACUGUAAGAAAACCUCGAGCAGUGGUUCGACUUCUCCAAGUGUAUCAUGCACUUUUACUAAUCAGUGCAAUCAAACUCAAACACAACACAUGAUGGUCAGUGUCAUUUAUGUUGGGGAUAAAUACUGCGUAGGAGAAGGUGAUUGGGGACACACCAAGGCCAAUUUCACUGCACAAAUAAAAUGCCGUAAGCAAGCUGGAACAAGAAAGCGGAAGUGUUUACUUCCAUCAAAUGGCGAAGGGAUAUGGCAAGACGAGGUUUCAGAAUGUGUUGAAAAGAAUCUCUAUGAUGUGCUCGAAAGUGCCAAAAUUAGUGAUAUUGGACUUGGUGAACUAAGUUUAAAUGCUGCAAUAGUAUUUGAGCGCUUUAAGAAUGUCACCAAGACAUCAACAUUACCUGGUUAUGCCAACUUAGAUACAUCAGUCACAGUACUUACCACUAUGAAUGAAAAGCUAUCGAACAGUUCCCUGACGAAUCAAACAGCAAUCGACGAUUUUCUGCUCUCAUCCAGUCAUCUGCUGAAUAAGAGUCUUGAAAGCACAUGGAACACAACGCCUCCUGAAAAGCUAUCAUCUUCAAUGGCUGAGAGAUACAUGCUUUCUGUUGAGGAAUUAAUUAGCAAAUCAGAUAUCAUAGCUAAGAGUAGAAAUGAAAAUCUGGAAGCGUUACCAUGUAAUGUUAGCAGCAACUGUAACAACUCUGUUUUCAAUACCACAGUUAGUCUUUUAGAUGCAGAGAAAAUAAAAACAAUUGGAUUCCAAAACCUGGCGAACUAUUUGCCCUGCAACAACAAAUCAGUGCCCAACAGUAUCAUUGUGUCAACAACUACAGAAACUAAAAGUGAGGUUAAGAUUUCUAUUGACUUUCAACUGAACAACCCAAGGCCUCGCAAUGUUGAGUUACAUUGUGUGUUUUGGAACAAAACACUUAAUGCUUGGUCAACAGAUGGAUGUAAAUGGGAAGUUAACCACAAUGAGGGGCACUGUGUGUGUGAACAUCUCUCCUCAUUUGCCAUUCUAAUGUCCAAGGAGCCCCUGGAGGUCCCUGGUUUAAAUUACGUUACCUAUGUAGCUCUGUCAGUAUCAGUGCUGUCACUCAUCAGCAACCUUGUGAUAGAACUGAUCGUCUGGAGCGAUGUAGUCAAGACGAGUACUUUAUAUUUACGCCAUAUUGCCCAUGUGAACAUUUCUCUGUGUUUGCUGAUCGCUGACCUCUGCUUUUUGGCAUCUGACCCAAAGAAUAUUUCAGAACUCUGGUGUCGAACCUCUGUGGUGCUGAAGCAUUUCUGCUAUCUGGCCAUGUUCUUUUGGAUGUUUUGUUUGAGCGCCACACUUCUUCAUCAGGCAGUCUUUUUGUUCCACAAGGUGAGCAAGAAAAACUACCUGAGGUUCUCAAUGGUCAUAGGCUAUUUUUGCCCCUUGCUCAUAGUCGUCAUUACGUUUCUUACUAAUGACGGUGGCAUUGAGGGGAAGUACUACUCAAAAGAUACCUGCUGGCUGGUUUAUGGCGGACUUUUCGAGGGCACCAUUUUUACAUUUAUCAUUCCAGUUGGAGCAAUUGUUUUCAUCAAUGUGUUCUCGAUGCUUGUGGUUAUCAUGAAGCUCAUAAGUCACCACACAGAAAUACAGCAAAAAACUGAAAUUUCACCAGAAAAGGAGAAAGCAGCUGCCAAAACUGUCAUGAGGUCGGUUAUCCUCCUGACCCCGAUCUUUGGUGUGACAUGGAUCUUUGGAUUUGCAAUUUUGGUUCUUGAUCUCACAAGCGGAUCUCUAGCCUAUGCAGUCCAUUACAUCUUUACCGUGGCCAAUGGAUUCCAGGGUUUAUUCAUUUUGUUGACCACAUGCUUUGGAGACAGAAUGACCCGUGAAGCUCUGCGGAAGUACUUUAACAAGAAAGCUCCAGCAUCCAGUGUCAGUGAGAGCAGCACUACGAUGGAGUCAAAACUGAAGAAAUAAAACCACCUUCAAGAUGUAAAACUAGAGUCACAUUUAAAAUGUACUUUAUAAGAGUACAUUUACUUUUACAUGCAAUUGC